AUGGAGCAGUACGCGGAGACGGCCAGAGAGAGGACGCAGGAGGACAAGACCAAGAACGUCAACGACUGGCUCCCGAUCACUUCGUCCCGCACCGCCAAAUGGUACUACUCGGCCUUCCACAACGUCACGGCCAUGGUCGGCGAUGGCGUGCUCGGCCUCCCCUUCGCCAUGUCGCAGCUCGGAUGGGGCUUGGGCACGGUGGUGAUCGUGAUGUCGUUCGUGAUCACACUGUACACACUGUGGCAGAUGGUGGAGAUGCACAAGAUGAUCCCCGGCAAGCGCUUCGACCGCUACCACGAGCUCGGGCAGCACGCGUUCGGCGAGCGGCUCGGGCUCUGGAUCAUCGUGCCGCAGCAGCUCAUCGUCGAGGUGGGCACCGACAUCGUCUACAUGGUCAUCGGCGGGCAGGGCCGCUGCAAGGACAUCCGCCUCACCUACUGGAUCAUCAUCUUCGGCUCCGUCCACUUCCCCCUCUCCCAGUUCCCCAACUUCAAUUCCAUCUCCGCCGUGUCCGCCGCCGCGGCGGUCAUGUCGCUCACCUACUCCAUGAUCGCCUUCGUCACGUCGGUGGUCAAGGGCGCCGAGGAGGCCACGGCCGGCGCCAUUGACUACGGGCUCAGGGCAAACACGACGUCAGGCCGGGUGUUCGGCGUGCUCAACGGGCUCGGAGCCGUGGCGUUCGCGUACGCGGGUCACAACGUGGUGCUGGAGAUCCAGGCCACCAUCCCGUCCACCCCGGAGAAGCCGUCCAAGAAGCCCAUGUGGCUCGGCGUCGUGGUGGGCUACUUCUGCGUCGCGCUCUGCUACUUCUGCGUCGCCUUCGCCGGGUACUACGCCUUCGGCAACUCCGUGGAGCCCAACGUGCUCAUCUCCCUCGAGAAGCCGCGGUGGCUCAUCGCCGCCGCGCGCCAACCUCAUGGCCGUCGUCCACGUCGUCGGCAGCUACCAGGUGUACGCCAUGCCUGUGUUCGACAUGAUCGAGACCGUGCUCGUCAAGAAGCACAAGUUCACCCCGGGGAUCCGCCUGAGCUUGAUCGCUCGCUCCGCCUUUGUCGAUCCCUUGCAUCAUCUGGCUCAUACUGCGCAAGCCAGUCAUGGUUCAUCAACAUUAUCUGCAUCGUGAUCGGAGUGCUGCUGACGCUCAUCUCCCCCAUUGGAGGCCUGCGGCAGAUCAUUCUUGACGCAAAGAGCUUCAAGCUGUACUCUUGA